AUGGACAGCUUCGACUUGGCUCUCCUGCAGGAAUGGGACCUGGACUCCCUUUGUGUCUACGACCCUGACAGGAAUAUGCUGCGGAGGAAAGAAUGGGAGAGAAGAAAUCAAGAGGCCCAGCAUGAAGAUGGCAUAUUUAGCACCAGUUAUUCCCUAUUCAGUGAACCAUACAAGACUAACAAAGGGGAUGAACUCUCCAGUCGUAUCCAGAGUACUCUAGGCAACUAUGAUGAAGUGAAAGAGCUGUUGACUGAUCGAUCCAAUCAAAGCCAUCUUGUUGGAGUUCCAAAGCCCUGUAUCUCUCAAACGUCUGUGAGCAAAGCUGAUGAACAUUUUAUUGCUGACCCUCAGGCUUCUGUUUGCGCUGCACCAUCUUCCCUAUCGGUGGCACUUCCUGGGCAACUGAACAAGACCACUGCAAUAGGUUGGCAGAAAUCUGGACAUACUUUGGAAAGUCAGCAAAGGGGAAGCAAACCUGGGCAUGGAUUGCCCGAUUCCCAUAAUAGUGACUUCAAAACAGGUAACCAAAAAAGCAGUUUAGAAAAGAUUAAACGAUAUGUAUCCAGUCCCUCAUCACCAUCUUCAUCAAGUGCCGCCCAAGGUCUUUUACCAUCCUCACUUGGAGAUAGCAUCAGAACACAAAAGCCACCAAAACUGAGUUGUGGUGCAGAGGCUGGAGUUCAGGCUCAAGAAAGGGCAGCUAUGCUUAGCAGUGGACACUGUGUACAAAACUUUCCUCCCACACUUGCUUCAAAGCCCACUGUAGUUCAGCAGAAACCGACAGCUUAUGUCAGGCCGAUGGAUGGUCAAGAUCAGGCCCCUGAUGAAUCUCCAAAAUUGAAGGUGCCAGCUGAAACCAGCAUGCUCUGCCCUUCGUAUAGAGGAAUGCCUUCUGCAAAAACAGACUCGGCUAGAACCAAGACAAAAACAACAAAAUUCAGUAUUCCCAAGCAAGGAGAGAAUGGGACAGAAAAUGACAGCUGUGUGGAAGAAAUGUUAAGGGACUCGCAGCAUGUCUCUACAGGACACAGCAAUCAAAGAAAAGGUGAUGUUGAGCCAAAGAUUCCAGAGAACAGUGCAUCACAUACAUCAACGUUAGAAGAUGACCUCAAGUUGAGCAGUGAUGAAGAUGAGAAUGAACAGCAGGCAGCACAGAAAUCUGCUCUCCGGGUUCUAUCUGACAGUUCCGCUGUGCAGCAGACCGGUUGCCGGAUCUCCGGAAUCUCCAGCAAAUGCUCGAGCAGCAGCAGCUCCAGCGAAUCUGAGAGCAGUUCGGAAUCUGACUCAGAGAGCGAAAGCAGUUCCACUGAGAGUGACUGCAACAAAUCUUCUCAUUACUCCAACCCAGAGCCUGAACAGCCAUCAUCAAACAAGUGGCAGUUGGAUAAAUGGCUAAAUAAGGUUAAUCCUCACAAAGCACCCCUUUUGAAUCAAAAUGAUAACCACGGACUGGAGAACUUUCAGUAUUACAACAAAGUAAAAGAUGACGGGCAGGACUGUGAAAAUGUACCUGCCAUUUGUCAAACAGAUAUCCGAGAUAAAGAAGUCAAGAAUCCCAACAAAGAGGAGUUGAGGCCUAGAACAGCUAAUAAGGCUCCAGGACAUAAGGGAGGAAAACAAAAAUCACCACCUGCUGCUGCUGCUGCUGCUGCCAUUUCAGUUGAUGGUGGUCCUCAGAAGAGGACAAGUUGUAAAAAACAGCCAAAAAGGACAGAGAGGACCUCUGGUGGUGAUAACUUAAACAACCAUAUAGCUGAUGAUCUUGAUUUGAGUCAAGUAUUUUUGGACAACGCCAUUUGUGAAGAACCUAAAAGCAGGCCCUGCAACAGCAGAGUUGAGCACAGAAAGGAAUUGAGGUGUGUCGCUGCCUGUGAAAAGAAACGUACCAGGGGAUCUGGUAAAACAGCACCCAAAUCCAAGGAAUUUAUUGAGACGGACUCUUCAGCUUCCUCAGAUUCAGAUUCUCAGUCUGAACAAGAGGAAUAUCUUUUACACAAACCUCAAGCUGUGGCCUCAGCUUCAGUUGGAAGUGACCAGAAAUCAAAGGACUCUGGGAAUAAUAUCGCCAACAAAGCAAAUGGCAGCUGUGGCAGUGUUGGUUCAGUUAAUACCAGGACACAUAACGAUAUAGCAAAGGAGCUGGAAGAGCAGUUUUACACAUUAGUCCCUUUUGGUAGGAAUGAGCUCCUGUCUCCUCUGAAGGACACGGAGGAAAUAAAAGCACUUUGGGUCAAAAUCGAUUUGACUCUUUUGUCCAGAAUCCCACAACUCUUACCCGAGGAGCCGCUGGUGAUAAACACUGGAAUUAAAGAAGCCAUCAGUAUGCAGCGGAGCACUGUGGCUGACAUUCCAGCGGAAAAAGUCAUCCCAAAAUCUAAACGGAAACGCAAGUAUGAAAAUGAGGAUGAGACUAGGGAGAGCAAGAAGAUUCACACAGAAGAAGAAUGUUCCUCCUAUUUAUUUUCCUCAGCCCAGGUUAUUUCAACAGCAAAUCAUUGCAAUAUGAUCAAAAACAGCUUGGCAAUACCAGUAAAUAAAAAUGAGAAAAUACUUCAGUCGCCUGUCUCACCCCUCUCUGAUGCAUCAAAACACAAAUUCUUCAGUGUUGAUUUGACUUCCUCUAACAGACUGAAUGGCAGCCACCUAUUAUCUUCCUUAUCCUCAAGCAAAAAACACAGGAGUGAGAUCCAGCCCCACCUACACCCUGGAGAUUUCAGUAAAGCAAUGCACAUCAGUUCAGAACAUGGUCUGCUGUACAACAAGGCACAGUACCGAAAAGAACUCUGGUCUCCUACUCCCAGUACACACAAAGACUGCAGAAGAACAAAGCUCAGCUGUAACAAUGGGCCACACAACGUAGAUUACUUUAUGCAAGAAGCUAAAAGGAAGAAGCAUAAAGCAGAUGCAAUGGUGGAGAAAUUUGGCAAGGCCUUUAAUUAUGCCGAAGCUGCAUUAUCAUUCAUUGAAUGUGGAAAUGCUAUGGAACAAGGGCCCAUGGAAUCUAAAUCCCCCUUCACAAUGUAUUCCGAAACCGUUGAACUCAUCAGGUAUGCUGUGAGGCUAAAAACCCAUUCAGGCCCUAAUGCUACUUCAGAAGAAAAACAGUUAGCAGCAUUAUGUUACCGCUGUUUGGCACUUUUAUACUGGAGAAUGUUUCGACUCAAAAGAGACCAUGCUGUAAAAUAUUCAAAAGCCCUUAUUGAGUAUUUCAAGAAUUCAACUAAAGUGGCUCAGGCACCAUCUCCCUGGGGUACUAGUGGAAAGUAUACAGGAACACCUUCUCCCCUUUCACCCAGCCCUUCUCCUGUGAGUUCUGUGGGGUCCCAAGGAAGCACUGGAACACCUUCUCCGUCAUCCAUAAUCAGCAUCCCCCAGCGUAUACAUCAAAUGGCAGCUAAUCACGUUAGCAUCACCAACAGCAUCUUGCACAGUUACGACUACUGGGAGAUGGCUGACAAUCUUGCCAAGGAAAACCAAGAUUUCUUUAACGACUUGGAUGCAUUGAUGGGACCUGUUACCUUGCACAGCAGUAUGGAGCACCUGGUCCAAUACACACAACAAGGACUUCACUGGAUAAGGAGUAGGGCUCAGUUGUAGUGAAUGUGUGCUGCUCAUCUGGACACUAGAU